AUGCCAGCCCGACUCAAUCUCUGCACAGCUCAAAAGGCGAUCUCCGCCUUCCGCCUUCCGCCCCUCGCCUCUACGCGGAGUCUCACAACCCACGCCCGAUUCCGUGCCGUACAGUCGACGGCUCCCCUACAGAAGCGAUGGAACUCGUCGCGGAAUGACACGAAGGAUCUGCCGGAGAGGCCGAAGGGUCCCUCGGAAGACCCGCUGCCGGAUGUUAGCGAGGAGGCGGCGGAGAUUGACCGGAUCAUGAACAAGGAGAAGCGGUGUGAUGGGCAGCCGGCGAGUCCGGAGUUGGAGCAGGGGACGCCUGUUUCUGAGCAGAUCUUCUCGCGCGACAAAGAGGCCAUGAAGCACAUGCCCAAGGUGAUCCAGGACCAGGUUAAGAAGAACGGCGGCUCGCGCUCCUUCUCGACCUCAGCGCGCAGCCGGUUGCCGGAUCUUCAGGAGACCAACAACGCUAGGGAGGACCCGUCCAUCGCCAUGGUGGCCAGCAUGAUUGAGCAGGUCACUGAGCAGGCCCAGGGGCAGGGAGCCGAGACGCACUCGGGCCUCAAGUUCGAUCCGCCCGUAUCCCCAGCCAAUACCAAGACGCUCAAUUUCCGCAAACGCUACGAUACCCUGCAGGAACAGUUCACCAAGAUGAUUAUGGAGGAUGGGAAGCUGAGCCGCGCGCAGAAGGUCAUGGCCUCCAUCCUGGACCAGCUGCGCACCUCACCCGCUCCCCAGGUGAAUGCUCGCCGGCGUCUACUCGGCGCACCGCCAGCUCCCCAGCUGCCCCUCGACCCUGUGCUCUAUCUGACCUUGAUUGUCGACUCGGUGGCCCCGCUUUUCCGUAUUCGCCAGCAGAAGGGUCUGACCGGCGGUGGUACCGCUGUGCAAAUCCCUCACCCGCUGACACUGCGGCAGCGCCGCCGGUCGGCUAUCAAGUGGAUCAUUGAUGCCUCUGACAAGCGCCGGGAUACUCACCUGGCUCAGCGGAUUGCUAACGAGCUAUUGGCUGUCGCUGAGGGCCGCAGCGGUGUCUGGGAGCGCCGGGACCAACAGCACAAGCUGGGUAUUGCCGGUCGGGCGAAUCUGGGACUUGCUCCGCGUCGGCGGUGA